UUAAACUUUGCGUGAAGUCAGUUAUUAUAAAUAGUCGAUUAGGAUUUGAAUUCAGUCUGCAGUCAGAUACUCGGUAGUGAAGAUGUUUGUUCUGGAAGUGAUCUUGGGGAUUGUGCUCUGUGUUGUUGGUUUUUUGUGGUGGUGGCAGAGAUCUGCAAGGAUUUAUUGGGAAAAGAAUGGAGUCUCCUACAUCCCAGGACCUCCUUUGCUCGGAGCUGUGAAGGAUUCAAUAUUGUUUAAGAAGAGUUUUGGGGAUCUUUUUAGUGAUUUGUACAAUAACGAAGAGUGUAAGGGUGAUCCUAUCACUGGAGUUUAUUUUUUCCACAAGCCCAGCCUUAUCGUUAGACAUCCGGAAAUAAUAAAGAACAUUCUGGUGAAGGAUUUUCCAAAUUUUAUUGACAGAGGAAUAGGUUCGGAUCCUCAUAACGAUAUAAUUGGAAGGGAUAACUUAUUCUCAGUGAAAGGAGCUCGAUGGAAGACCAUAAGAGCAAAAGUUUCUACAGUCUUUACGUCAGGAAAGCUCAAGAAUCUCUUUCUCUUAAUGGUGGACGUGUCUAAAGUCCUGGAACAGAAAUUGGCCAAAGAGAUUGGAAAUGAGCCUAAAGAGUACGAAAUGAAGAAAUUGGCAAGUUUAUUCUCAACUGAUACUAUUUCAUUAUGUGCUUUUGGAGUUGAAGCCAAUAGUCUUUUAAAUUCAAAAGCUGAAUUUCAUAUGAAUGCAACAAGAACAAUGGAUUUUCAUUGGAGAAGAGCUAUUGAAUUUUCAGGAUGUUUCUUACUGCCGGAGCUAGCAUCAAUCUUGCGUUUUUCGUUGUUUUCGAAGAAGACAAAUCAAUUUAUCAGUUCAACAAUUAAUUACGUGAUGGAAGAAAGAAUUAAGAGUGGAAUGAAGAGAAAUGAUUUAAUUGACACUUUGAUAACGAUGAAGGAAACGGAUGGAGAUCUUUUCAAGGGGGAUACCCUUGUGGCUCAAGCUGCUAUCUUUCUUAUAGCUGGAUACGAAACUUCAUCAUCUGCUAUAUCUUUUACUUUAUUUGAAUUGGCUCGUCACCCGGAAGUUCAGGAGAAAUUGAGGAAGGAGAUCAAGGAAUAUGCUGAGAAAUAUGGAACUGUUCAAUACGAAACAAUCAACGAAAUGGAAUAUCUUCAAAGUGUUGUUCAAGAAACUCUCCGAUUGUAUCCUUCUUUGCCGUUUUUGGAUCGAAUUUGUGCACCAGUAAAUGGGGAACAAUUUUAUUCUUUGGAGCCCUACCAUAAAUUCCAGAUUCCCAAAGGAAUGCCGAUUUAUAUUCCGAUCAUGCCGAUACACCGUAAUCCAAAAUACUUUCCAAAUCCUGAACAAUUCAUCCCUGAAAGAUUUAGUGCUGAGAAUAGGGAGUCUAUCGAUCAGUACACUUAUCUUUCUUUUGGGUUAGGACCAAGAAAUUGCAUUGGGGCAAGAUUUGGGUAUUUUCAGGUGAAAUUGGCACUUUUCAGCAUUCUUCGUGUUUACAAAGUGGAAGUUACUGCAAAUACUCCAACGAAGAUAGAGUUUAACAAGAAGUCUCUUAUUAUCCAAUCCCAGAAACCACUGUAUAUGAAUCUCAAAAGAAUUUAAAUAAAUUUAAUAACCAUUGUAUCUUUUAUUAAAGCCAAAUAAAAAUGUAAUUGAGUAUCUAACAUGUUCAAACGGCUGUAACAAAAAGCUUUUUAAGAAUUUUGUUAUACAGCAUUUUAAAACAAGUAAAUGUUCAAUUUAUAAAAAUAAAGGCAUUACUGAAAA